UUUGCCGACAUGAAAAUCUUCUAGUCUGCUGAAACAUGUGACUGAGAACAAACGGGUAAACCACUAUGCGCCUUCGUGUGAAAUGUUUCAGAUAUUUAAUUUACGAUAAAGCAAAGUGUUAGUUAAAUACUUGAACGCAUCGACUUCCAUCUGAUGUGAUGCUGGUGCGGCUGUUGUUGUAUCACCCAGCUGCAAUCUUUGACAUACAAUGUAACGGCAUGACAGAAUGUUGUGCAACGGAACGUGAACCGAAAUUUGUCAGCAGAAACGCAGUUGUCUCUUAAUUUACUGUUAAGCCUUUUGGAAGACGUGUCAGUUUUUUUUUUAUCUUCUGAUUUUUGGGACUGUCCAUGAUUGGCUUUAUUAGAAUUUCAACAAAUUCAAGGAAAGUAAAGCCUAAAGAGUAAGUACUUCUGUCACCAUUGAGAACGCAUGUGAGUCAUUUUUGUAUCUACAUUUUACCUGUGGGAUAAGUGAACAGCUAACACUAAAAGACAACGCUUUUCCAUAAUGGAAGCAGCUGCAUCAUCAGAUCCCAUAGCACCAGCAGCUGAUAAAAUAUGUGUAGCUUCUGAAGGAACUCCUGGCAGUGGCAAAAAGAGACACCGCAAUAGGAAGAGAUCUGGGAAAUCCAAGAAAUCAGCUGAAAGCAGUAAUUCCAAGAUCAAUCUUAAAGCAGAGCAUGGCUCAGUGCCAAACUGUUCUAUCAACCAAUCAAGGGAGCAAACAGAUGAUGUUCACGCAGGAUGUUGUGAACUACCCAAUGCGCACAGUGCAACCCCCACAAGUCAGCCCCAGAAUAAGGGGCAGCAACCUUCUAGCCGUCGACAGAAAGCCAAUCACAAACCGAGAGAAAAGGUUGGCUCAGAUGUUGUGAGACCAGGUUCUGGCAAACAACACAAGGCACACUCUGCACCAAAGACCACAGAGCAUUGUGAGCAGCCUAGACAACAGCACUCUGGUAAAGAUGAGCGAAACCGACAAACCCCUGGUCAGAGAGAGCAGCAGACACCUGGUCAGAGAGAGCAGCAGACACCUGGUCAUAGAGAACAGCAGACACCUGGUCAGAGAGAGCAGCAGACACCUGGUCAGAGAGAACAGCAGACACCUAGUCAGAGAGAACAGCAGACACCUAGUCAACAAGACAGACAGACGUCUAGUCACCGAGAACAGCAAACCCCUGGUCAACAAGACCGACAAAUGCCUGGUCACCGCAGACGGAAGAAUCAUAACAAGAAUGAGAGGAAGCAAAUGUUCACACCACACUGGACCAGGGAAAUGGUGUCUGAGGGGCUUAAGAAAGGAUUUCUUGUGGAGGGUACGAUUCGGAUCAAUCCCAAAAACUAUGAGGAUGCAUAUAUCCCAGGCCCUGAUGGAAUUUCAGACAUCUACAUCAGUGGUUUUGCCAACAGAAACCGGGCAAUGAAUGGAGACACUGUGGCAGUGUUGGUGAAUGGUAGACAAGACUGGAGGGUGUUUCUUGACAGCUUUGAGGAAUAUGAAGCCCAGUUAGAGGCACAGAUGAAGACUCUCAGUCUAGCACAGACAGACCUAAAUUCUGCCAAAAAUGCUUCAGUGCUACCAGAGAGUAUGGAUUAUAAAUUACUAUGUGAUUCAAGAGAAGAAUCCAUUCAGCAUUCAAGUAGCCAGUCUAAAACUGCCUGCUCUGGAACUUCCCAGUCUGAAAAAACAUCACAGAGAAAUCCAUUAGUACAACUUACUAGUGAUGAAAUGACAACGAAAUUAAGUGCAGAUCAAGCAGACUUGUCACCAAUCCCUAACUGUCAUGAUAAGCAGGAUUCUGCGCAGGCAGCUGGAUCCAAACAGAAACAGGGAACUCAUCGUAAAGGAAACAAAACUCCCAUCAAAGUACAUCAGAGUAAGACACCAGGGUCCAAAGGAAGGUACACAUCCGUCAAGGAUCUGUUGUCAGCAAACGGCUGCAGUCCUGUCGCUAAGAAACUCUUCAGUGAGAGCAAGAAUGAAGGAGAGAAAGCACAAGGAGAGUCUGAAAUGUCGCAGUUCGUACAGAAAACUGGAACGGUGGUGGCUGUGACAGAGUACAAGCAUUCGCGGGCGUGUUCCGGCCAUAUCAAGCCUAUGUCAGAUAAGAACCAGACCAAUGCCCUGUUCUCUCCUACUGACCACCGCUGCCCACGUAUCAUGGUCCCACUCUCAGACUGUCCACCAGACCUCUUGAAGCGACCAGAAGACCAUGCCAACACUCUGUUCAUCGCCCGCAUAACAGACUGGCCAGACACAUCACAGUUUGCUCACGGGAACAUUGCCCGCAGCCUGGGAGAGGCAGGUCUCAUAGAGCCAGAGACAGAAGGGAUGCUUAUUGAAUAUGACAUUGACUACAGUGAAUUCUCACCUCAGGUUCUAACCUCUCUUCCAACUGCCUCACCGUGGGCUAUUCCCCCUGAGGAGCUGGCCAAGAGGAAGGACUUCAGGCAGCAUUGUAUCUUCACAAUUGAUCCUGCCACAGCCAGGGAUCUGGAUGAUGCCCUGUCCUGUGAAGAUUUGGGCAAUGGUUUGUUUGAGGUCGGAGUUCAUAUUGCUGAUGUAACAUACUUUCUCCAGGAAGAUACUGACUUGGAUGAAUUAGCAUCUCGUAGAGCCACUAGUGUAUAUCUUGUUCAGAAGGUUGUGCCAAUGUUACCUCGCCUGCUGUGUGAGGAACUGUGUAGUCUUAAUCCAGACCAGGAUCGCCUGACUUUCUCAGUCAUCUGGCACAUGAAUGAAAAUGCUGAGAUACAAGGGGAGUGGUUUGGUCGAUCUGUGAUCAGGUCCUGUGUAAAGAUGAGCUAUGACCAUGCACAGGGCUUCAUAGACAAUCCUGACAGAGAGUACACAGAAGAAGACUUGCCUCCCAUUACAAAUGGGUUUUCAGUUGACAAAAUCAAGGAGAGGGUUCUAAAUCUACAUAAACUCGCACAGAAGUUGAGGAAGAAUCGCUUUGACAGUGGAGCAUUACAAUUGGACCAGGUGAAACUACAGUUUACACUGGACAAAGAAACAGGACUCCCUAAUGGCUACUCUGUCUACAAACAGCGGGAGAGCAACAAAUUGGUAGAGGAGUUCAUGUUACUGGCUAACAUGGCUGUUGGUCAUAAAAUCUUGAACACCUACCCUGAGACUGCAUUAUUAAGAUGUCAUCCUCCGCCCCACGGCAAAAUGCUUAAUGACUUGUAUGACCUGUGCAUUAACCUAGAGGUACCUGUGGAUAUAACAUCCUCGGGAACUCUUCAGCGUUCCCUGGUUGAGUAUCAGGGUGAAGACGACUUCACCUCAGCAAGGCUUCAAGUCCUUGUUAACCUCUGCUCAAAACCCAUGCAGAAUGCACGCUAUUUCUGUACUGGUGUGAUUCAAGACGAGGAUCUGUUCCAUCAUUAUGCUCUCAAUGUGCCAGUCUACACCCACUUCACCUCCCCUAUCCGCAGAUACGCUGAUGUCAUCACACACAGGCUUCUUGGGGCGUCACUGGGUUAUUCCAAAGCCCCCCAAAAGACCAAAGAUCUUGUACAGAAACAGGCUGACAUUUGUAAUGACAGGAAGCUGGCAUCAAAAUGUGUACAGGAGAGAAGCUCAGGCAUUUUCUUUGCAGUAUUUGUUAAGGAGGUGGGGCCUCUUGAGGAAGCAGCCAUGGUGAUGUCUGUACUCGACCGCUCGUUUGAUAUAUAUGUCCUGAAGCUUGGCGUGAGCAAGAGGGUGUACUGUGAGCAACUACCCCUGCAGUCUUACACAUUCCGUAAAGAUCGGAAGAAGGCCACCUUGACCCUUGUCUGGCUACCGACAGAAUCAACCCCUGAUUGCGUUACCCAGGAGAUCACCAUCUUUACCAUGGUUACAGCUGUACUAAAGUCAGAUAAAGAGCCCCUUAGGUGGUCGGCCACUAUCAGCCAUCCAGACCCUGAGCCCUGAGUUACACAGCCCACAGAAAGCAGAUAACAAUCUGAGGACUACACAUGCAGAGAUCAGAUAGCAUUAAUAAUAAUAAUUAUUAUACUCAUGGCAGUCAUGGCAUAUGUAUGCCACAUAUUAUGUUUUAUUGUAGGCCUACAAGCCAUUUAUUCUACUACCAGUAUUCCCUCCCUUGUAUGAAAUUCAUGUAUGUUUUAUUGUUUACACAAUUCAUUUUUUUAACAAGUGUUCCCAAUGAUCUCUGACAGUAUAGGAUGUACUUGAUUUGGUGAUCUGCUUUUGUUUUAAUGGAAUAAAUGCCUGACUGUAGGUGCAUAAUAACGGGUUGUAAACUUGAUUAUUCAUGUCAAGUCAUUAUUAAUUUAUUAUUUUUCAACAUGGUAUUCCAUGUUUUUAUGAAAAAGUAAAACUGAUUAAAAAUUAUAUAUC